CGAUCGGGCAGACCGGGCACGAGUGGACUUAGAGUGGGCGGUAGAAGGGCAAAUUCUGGCGAGAAGCGCCGAUGUUGAUCGUUCGGUCGUGGGGAACAGCCCACGAGGCGGUUGAAUAAUUUCGUGCGGCCGGUACAGCGACAGUCCUCGCGCGGCGGUUAUUUUUUUUAUGGUUUUCGUUGAUUUUUUCCCCCAUUGCUUUACUGUCAGUGUAGGGCGGAGCUAGUGUGAAUGCCCCAAGCCCCAGUUAGACCUGAUCUACCGAGAGGGGAUUCAGUCUGUCCCGUACCCUCCGUUUUGUAUUAUUUUUCCCCUGUCUCUCAGCGUCGACGGGCCGUGGCUCCAGCGGUGACCCGAGAGUGUUAUGCGUGUUCUCUCUAUCUCGCGGGCUCCCACAUCGCCAGCCAAUUUGACGCAGCGAACCUGAAAGUCUAGCGGUUUUUUCCCUGUAGUUGGAGUGCUCGCAUUGGGUGCUCGAAUUAUUCGCGGGACGCGAGGACUAUGAUAAUCGCAAGCGGGACGAAAAGGAUUUCUGGACACGGUGAGAUUGAGAUCCAACAUUUCAGUGACAAAAACCUGUUCUAUAAAGCAUCUGCAGUUCGUCCUAUCCAGAAACGCGAAGGGGAAAAUGUGAAAUUGUCUAUCUACAGAUUAUAAUGGACAGAUUUAGUUUUUUGCCGAGAGUAUCAGCCAAUUCAGUGGAAUUGUGAAAUUAAGUGCUACGAGCAGGACCUUUGGACGGCGUUUGGAGUGAUCCCUGUAACAAUCGACAGCCUUAACCUGAGUCGUAGUUCAGGGUAUUGCUAAUGUUUCUUUGCGCCACUGCUUGGUAGCCUCAUUUCCUCCACCGUCAACGCACCGGGCCAGUAGUGAUCGGGGCAGAGGACGCACCCUUGCAAGUCAUACCCACCCAGUCAGUGUUGCCUUACAUCGAGAACUCGGCUUCAUUAUCAGCCCCUUGGAUUGUUUUGCUCCCUUCGCGGGGAAAUGUUUACGAAAUCCUAGCCCGGUGAACGUGUUGGAGUUCACCCUAGGUCCUGCUGUGGUUUGAUCCGCGCAUGGGACGCUCAGACUUCAUUCCUUCUCGCCUGCAAUAAAACGUCAGGCCACCGUGGUUCCUUUGGUCAAAUUUGAACGGGGAGGCCAACCGAUACAUACGAGGCCUACCCUGACUGGCCAGACUCAGAAUUCGUAACCAAUCCCUCAAUGGCUUGGCGGAACUUUUCUUGAGUGCACUCGGGACAUUUAGCAUUGGUCAGCAGACUUUAUUUCGGCGUCUUGCCAAAAGAGCGAUCGUCAUUAGACCUACCGAGAUAAACGUAGACACAACAAGCACCGUGUUGAUGUGAACACGAAGAAUUGAACGCAGAACACUGUGUUACAUCAAGGCUUGCUUGAGUGAAAGUGAUCGAUUAGGGUUUUCUCGACAACGAGGAGCUGAAAACCGGUAACCAGAGCGAGUGAAGGUUGCAAGAAGCAUAGAAGAAUACACUGGCCAUCCUUCCCACACCCCAAAUGCCCGCGUGAAAACUUGUGAACAGCAUCUGUCUUGAGUGAGAAGUCACUAGUAUCAAAGAUCACUAUACUUUAGACAGAUUUUGAUCAAAGCUUUUAAGGACGCUCUUUUUGUGGGCUGGGAUUUCUUAGACUUGAGUAUAUUUUUGUGGAACGUGUCACAUGAGUUCGCUAGAGCGGAGCUCAGACAUGAGGUCCCGCUACCAGAACUGGGCUCUCCAGAACUACGGAGACAGCGGGAAGACGAAGACAGUGACUCGUCGCAAGUACGAGAGAAUUACCGGGUUCCUACGUGGUAGCCCGGGCCCAGCUGGUGCAGAGAGCACCAAGUUUCGGUUCUGGGUGCGUGCCAAAGGAUUCAAACUUGGGACUCCAGGCAAGAGACAGCGAGGGGGGCCGAAGGAGGUUCUGUUUGUGCCCGUCAAAACAACGGAUUCUGACGGGACUAUUGUGGACCGUGGAUUUAAGCGAGUAGCUGUGGUGGAAGACUUCUUUGAUAUUAUUCAUGAUGUCCACGUUGGGACAGACGGCCGUAGUGGGAAACAUGCCGGUCAGAAACGAACCUACCGGGCGAUUGCAGAGACCUACGCGUUCCUGCCUCGCGAAGCCGUCACACGGUUCCUCAUGAACUGUACGGAAUGCCAGAAGCGCAUGCACCUCUCGCCGAAUCUCGCGGAGCUCCACGAGAACGGUGACGCAAUCGAGGAGGCCAAUAGCAAUAGCAGCAGCAACAAUAAUAACAGCAGUAGUGGCGGCCUGGUGGGAGAUAUCAACAUGGAUUACAGCCUGCCGAUUACCACCACGUACUUGAACCAGUUACGGAACAUGAGACUGGCUAACUACAACAAUGAGCAGGACGAUGCCUCCUUAUCUAGUGCUGACACAGAAGCCAGUGAGCCAAGCUACGUUUCUGAAACGGCGCACCACGCCCCGACUAAUGAAGACACCAUAACUAGACCAGAGAGUGACAGAAUAACACCACAGCCUCUAGACCUCAAGAAAGAAGAAAGUUCAGCCAAAAACAUCAACCACACGAGACCAGGGUCACCAACAGCAGAGGAGGGCGAGCGAAAAACGUCACACGAAACCAAUACUCAGGUAAUGACAGAGACACAUGCCCGCACAGCCCUAGGGCGGGCACCCCCUGAAUUAAAUCAGGAGGACAAAUCACAGGCUGAGGAUGGUGAGGAGGAUGAAGAAGAUGAGCGGGGUUAUAGUUCGGAGGUCAAAGGUUACAGCAGCGCCAGCAGUGGUGGCUAUGAGAUGCAGCGAUACACAACCUCGUCCAACGGUUACGGCUACAGCUCUCUGGUUGGCACGUCAGUACACCAGCCACCGGAAGGAGCACGGGACACACCCGAGGAUCUCUCUGUGACAAAGGAUGACGAUGAUGAUGAUGACGGGGAUGACGACAGUGAUAAACUCAAUGAGACAACGCCCGGAGUCGACCCCGAGCGACUCAAGGCAUUCAACAUGUUUGUUCGUCUCUUCAUCGAUGAGAACCUGGACCGAAUGGUACCCAUCUCCAAACAGCCCAAGGAAAAAAUCCAAGCUAUCAUCGAGGCCUGCUACCGCCAAUUUCCCGAGUUCCAUGAGAGGGCCCGCAAACGCAUCCGUACCUACCUCAAGUCCUGUCGUCGAAUGAAGCGUCAUCGGGACCAGAAUGGGCUUGACUCGGUACGCACCCAAAAUUCGAUGCGUCCCACACCACCUCAUUUGACCUCGGCCAGAGCAGAGCAGAUCCUUGCAGCGGCAUGUGAAAGUGAAAGCGAGAACGCUAAGAGAUUACGAAUGGAGCUUAUGCAAGCUGGACACACGAACGAGGUGCGGAUGGAAACGUCACCCCAUCAGUCACAGCCAACGCCACCAUCUCGCGUCACAUAUGAGGAGUCGCCAAAGCAUGCCUCCCCACGGCCUGUGGACUACCGUUUCGCCAAUGGUGUGAGCUCACACGAUCCUUACUACGGAAGUAUUGCGCCGCAUCAACCACAGCACAUGAUACAACCUUCUCAACAUGCACAGAUGUCAAAUGGCCCUACAGACUUGAGUGUUAAAAAGUUGCCUUCAAAGCCUCAGCUGAGCCCUACAGAGAUUGCCAAUAUCCGACAGCUGAUUACCAGCUAUCGUGAGUCGGCAGCAUUCCUGUACCGAUCAGCCGAGGAACUAGAACAGAUGCUCUUGCAGCUGAAUUGAAAGAAGAGAUUCCAGGGUGAGCAGUAGAAAGGAUGGACUACAGGGAGGAGAUAGACAACGCAACCCUUGGGCUUGGAUUGAAUUGAAGACCCAAGCCCAGCAUUCCUGUUUUUAGGGGUGAAGGUUUGUCCUGUUACGCCUUAUUAAUAUUUCACUUGCAUCUUAUCAGUUUCAUUUAUAAAGUCACUGGCUCAUGUUUUGAGUUGACGUGCUUGUAAGUAUGUACGUAUCUACCCACUUGCGGGUGGGGAUUGCUUCAUUUUGGAGGAGGGAUAGAUAUUUUAAUACGGUAUCCAUGGCAAUCUCUUGGGGCGUUAAAUGUUCUUAAACACAAAAUUGAAACUUCCAAUAUGGCUGUAGAUGUGGUGUUGGCCUCAUAUUGAGUCUGUGCAGAAUGACGGAGCGAUAACAAGUCAGGGUGUUUUGCUUUCUUUAUAUUUUUCUUUCUGUAACACGUUCAACAUUUAAUUAAAGGUACAGAUCUUUAACAAAUUUAUUCCGCAUUACAAACAGUAAGUUAUUACAUGUGUAUUGAUAUUAUAUUUACUAUUUAAAACAUCGUAUUAUUUGUUGUAAUGGUAUUUGAUUUUUCGUUCUCUUGCCCAAAGAUUAAAAAAAAACCAGCAUUUAAUCUGACUCAAGUAGAAGAAUUCACAUAGGUAUCAGGUUUUCUUUUUUCAGAAAAUAUUUAUGUUUAUAUACAGUCAACUCCUUUUCUAGAGUUUUUCCUUUUGAUGAUGAGAUUUAAGUUCACGCAUAUUGUGUUUUCAUGGCUUUAUAAAGUAGUGCAUUUCUUUAAAUUGAAAGAAGCUACAGUGAAAGAAGUAGCAGUCACGUGUGCCAAAACUCAUGCAGGUGCAAUACGUUGGAGAACUCUGAGACAGAUUUGAAAUACCGAGAAACUGCUGUGAGCAACGAUUGACAAAAUUACAAGGAUUUGUCGGUUUUCUUUCUGCAAACAUCUUGACACAGUCUUUGAGUUCCAUUGUUUCUCAGUCAUUGAAUCUUAGAUUUUGAAGCCAUUUUUAUCACUGAACACUUCUUUUCAAUAACUGCUACAACCACCUGACAAGUUUCUGGAUUUUUUUGAGCCAAAGUACUGAGUGCUAUUAUUUAGCACAUUUAUCAUUUGGUCAACAUGUUCCAUCAAGAUGUAAAUGUGCACAUAAAACAAGCUAUGGACAAUCAGCAUAUUAAAAAGAGAUUUCAAACAUUUCUUUUUUAUUACCAGUUUAACAAUGCCUCUUAAACACACACUGAAAUGAUAUCUAAUUUGAUUUUUUUUGCUGAACAUAUUUCGGCACAAAUGAACGUGCAGAUUUAGGACACCAACUGUAAGGUUAUUUGUACCAACUAUUACUUCUGUACAAAGAAAGACUGUCUGCAAUGCACUUACAUUUACUGGAAAAAAUAUGUGCAGACCUUGAAAUAAAAAUGUCACUAUUAAGUAGUGGAAUUGGCUGUUAAAAAGGAAAAUUAUCAAGCACAACUCCAGAUUUUUUUUCAGCCAACGCAAAGUUUUUGCAGUAUUAAUAUAGCAUAAACGUUAGUAAUUUAUUUUUGGUUGCAAAUUUUUCCCAUCUGUGCAAUACUCAUAUAUAUAGUCUCAGGUGUUGGGUUGCCAUGGAAACACUGUAGAAAGUAUCCAUGCUACAGGGCCGGCAGUUUGUGCAACUGUUGACUGCAUUUUCCAUGAAGCUUUGGAAACAUGGAUAACAUUUGUUUCACAUAUGGUUUUGCAGUUUGGUUUUUGGAAAUGCAGUCAAAUUAAACAGGAAAUCCGUUGUAGUUGAAAGGAAACGCAUGAUACUCCAAGCAUUAAGUGUGCUCGGCUGUAUUGGUUUCAGAUUUGUAGAUUAGGUCAUUUACAUUUUUUUAUAACACCGCAAGGCAAGAGUACAAGGAAAAUGUCCUAUUUUUCUCUAAGCAAGGUACUUUUAGGAGUUGUAAACAUUUGUACAGACGACGAUGACGACUUUCAGAAAAAAUUUGAUACAAGAGUUUUUGUCUUGUUCACUUUGAGAAUCACGCUAGUUUUCAAAGAAAGCACAAAGGCACUAUUUUGUAAAGUAAUUUGUAUGAUGUGCUGUAGGGGGAACAUUUGCAACAUAGGAUGGUUAUUACCAAUUUUGUAAAGAAAAAAAAAAGUACAACAGAGGUUGUAUCCAUGGCUGGGGUGAAAAAACAAAGCUCUGUUUAUCAAAGUUCAGUUUUGUUCAUGUCACUUCUUUUUCCCAGAUUCUAAAUGUUGCAUUUAGGUCAAAAACUCCUUUAAGGUUUACCAUCAAAAAUUAAUUUGCCUCUUGCUUUUUACUUUUGUUACAUUGUGAAUUUGAUGAAUAAAAUCCCCUCCAUCUACACAGUAGCCAUCUUGCAUUUAUUAUGUCGUCCAGGCAACAUUGUUGCCUGGCAACAACAGUAUUUAUUGUGCAUGCUCGGAACAAAUGGAAGGCACAUGAAAGUCAUCAAUUUGUGGUCAAACAGAUCCAGUCUUGCCCAAAAAGGACUCAGUGAAAAUGUAACAGUGACCUGGUCAUUUUUCAUUCACAUUUGUCACUUUUGAGCCUGUUUUUCUCCGCAGUCACAUAAGGAAUGGCCCCGCAUGCCUUUAAGAACCAAGAGAAAAAAAAAGCAAAAAAUAAUAAAAUUUGCAGCGGCGAUAAGUCUACAGGAGUCCCUCAAUUUAGUGGGCAGUAAAUUUGAAACUACUCAUGACAAUUUCCGUUGCUCAACAUGAAUGACGAUAACACUAACUGGUAGUAAAUGGUUACCAUAAAAUUCACAACUUUGCAUUGCAUUAUGUAAGAUUCAUCUUUGAUGGAUCAUUUUUGCCAAUACACUUGUGAAAAUGUUAGAAAAAGUUCCACAUUCUGUAACAAUUUAAUCAUUAAGAACUUAAAGUGUAAGUUGUUGAAAAGAGACAAGACAAAAUGACGUUUGUCUUUGUGACUAUUUAAGGUUACAGUUAGUCCCAUGCCCAAAGAAAAGAAAUGACUUUUUUCGACUUAUGAAUGAAAAACUGUAGAUUUUUGAUAUUACAGAACUGUGUGAGUAAGUAUUGUAAACUGUAAAUUUAUUUCACUGCUGUUAUAUUUAAAGGGAUUUUUCAUGUUGAAAAAAGUUUUGUCAUUUUCCAAAGUGCAGACUUCAUAUUUUGGUCAGUUUGACGAUUUUGUUUUCAUUUAUUUGUCAACUCAAAGUUCUGAAAUUUUAGUUCGACUCUUCUGAAAGUUUUUAAACAAUGAUAACGAGUUAGCCUUGCAUGUUCGCAAACAUUUACCGUUUCCACUUUUUUGACAUUUUUGCUAUGACUUUUGUGGGGGUUUUGUACAAAAUUUUAAAAAGAAAAUUACUACAAGAUUUGAGCAUUAAUUUUAUGAAAGAUCUUUACAAAAAAGUUGUAGUAUUAAAGAAGACAGAAAUAGGAGUGAUUUUGUUUUGUUUUUCUUGGACAAACCAAUCUAUGUGAAUAUGAGUUAAUAAGGAUCUCUAUUUAUCAGUUAUGUGUAGAAGUUGUUCACGUUAUUUAUUUAAUAUGCACAUUUCUUUGAGAGAAUAUUUCACUUCAUAAUUCAACAUGUAUUUAUUAUUGUAAAGUCACCAAGAAUAAAAACAUGUUGGUAUUGAA